UUUUUAUUUAGGUAUAAGUACUAUGCACAAGUUUUAUCAUUUGGUUAAAGUAUAUAAUCUUUAUUUUAUUCGUAUAUAAAAUUAUUAUUAGUUUAAGAUACUUUAAGGCAACACAAUGUUGCCAAUUUGCCUAUUUUUAUUUGUCGUUAGUGCACAUUCGGUUUAUGGGCAUCCUUUAAAAAAUGAGGACCUAUUUAAAAUUCAUGUGGCACAUAUAAACGAUUUUCACGCCAGGUUUGAAGAGACAAAUGAACUUGGAGGAAGAUGUGCCGACGAAAAAUGCAUUGGUGGAUUUUCGAGGCAAUUUGAAGAGAUUUCUUCCUUGAGAAACGAAGAUCCCAGUUUAAUUUUACUUAAUGGGGGUGAUAACUUCCAGGGUACACUUUGGUACAGUGUUUUUAAGUGGAACGUGACCCAAUAUUUUAUGAAUAAACUUAAAUUUGACGUAAUUGUAUUGGGUAACCAUGAGUUUGAUGACGGAAUUCAAGGAAUCACCCCUUUCAUGAGAGCUAUAAACGCUCCAGUGGUUGUUUCAAACAUCGACGAUUCGUUAGAACCAGAUUUCCAAAAAUUAUACACCAAAAGCACGAUCAUUGAAAGAAAUGGGAAAAAAAUUGGAGUUAUCGGUGUUACAUCAAUAGACACCCCUAACAUUUCAAGUGUGGGAAAAUUGAAAUUCCUCGAUGAGUCUGCGAGCGUUAAUGCUGAAGCUGAAAGAUUGGUAGCUGAAGAUGAUGUUUUCACCAUUAUAGUUCUAUCACAUUGUGGCUAUGACGCAGAUAAAGCUAUUGCCAAAAACGCCACCUCAAAAGUUUCUCUGAUUGUUGGUGCUCAUUCGCAUAGCUUUCUUUAUACUGGUGAAAAGGCCCCCGGACCUGACAAGGUGGUAGGUCCGUAUCCAACGAUUGUAUCAAGAAAAGACGGGAAAAAAGUUUUGAUAACACAAGCUGCCGCUUUUUGCAAAUACAUUGGAAACAUAAGCGUCUCCUAUAAACUCAAUGGUGAAGUGGCGGAUUGGGAAGGUGCACCCAUAUUUUUGGACACCACGUCUCCCAAAAGUGAAUAUAUAGAGAAGGAAAUGCAAUCGUGGAAGGAAGAAAUCGAUCAAAUUGGAACUAAAGUUCUAGGAACUUCUCUGGUAGACUUGGAUGGAAAUACCUGCUACACCAAAGAAUGCACUCUUGGUAAUAUGCUUACGGAUGCAUUUGUUUACAAUUACAUUGAGAAAGCUGAAGAAGGAGCUUGGACAUCCGCAUCAAUUGCUAUAAUAAACGCCGGCGGUGUAAGAACUUCAAUAAGUAGAGGAAAUAUUACCUACAGUGACAUAUUAACUACAAUCCCAUUUAGCGACACAGUUGACAUAAGUGAUAUCGAAGGAAGAUUCAUCAGGGAAUUAUUUGAAGCUGUUGUAACUCUUGAAUGUAGAGAUGGGAAAUUAUAUACCAACACACGACUAUUACAAGUAUCAGGAAUAAAAUAUACAGUGAACCUUAACAAACCCGAUGGAAGUAAAAUUCAGGACAUCAAAAUUCGCUGUCGAAAAUGCAAAGUUCCAGAAUACGAAGAUUUGGAUGACAAUAAAGUGUAUCGGAUCAUAACUCAAUCAUUUUUAACUCAUGGAGGCGAUAAUUUGGACGUUUUGCCGAAAAAUUUAAAAAACACAACAGUCGGACCUUUGGAUGUCGAUGUGUUAACCAAGUAUUUGUCCAACAAUUCUCCAGUUUAUGAAGAAGAAGACAGAAUUACCAUCAUCGGGUCCAAUAGGAACCCCCUCAAACAAAUAAGAUGUCAGGCAAACAAGGUAAAGUAGACAGUUAUCGGACCCUUUAUGGUUAUUGGACAAUUAACAUUAAUACUGUUCUACAAAUAAUUACCUUCUUACCUCCGCCAGGAGAACAUGAGCGUAUUGCGUAUUGUAAUCUAAAAUAAAAAUUUCACAUUUAAAUAAACCAUCUGCUUUUUUUUAAAUAAAAAAUAAAUUAAAUUGAAAUUAUCACCUAUCAUAUUUUUUAUUUAGCGAAUUAAAAAUACGUGU